UAGAUCGGCCCGCCGGCUCCGGGGCUGGACUCCGUGCCGGAUCGCGGGACCGGCGUCCCGGGGAGGAGGGCGUAGGGACGCGCGAUGGCUCCGCGGGGACUCCCGGGGUCCGCCGCCCUCGCCGCUGCUGUCUUCGUGGGAGGCGCUGUGAGCUCGCUGCUGGUGGCCCCGGUCAAUGGGGGCAGCCAUGCGUUGCACUCCCAGACAGAGACGACCCAGUCGCCCACUGACGGUAACAACAGACACCCUGAGUACAUCGCAUACGCGCUCGUCCCUGUGUUCUUCAUCAUGGGGCUCUUGGGCGUCCUCAUCUGCCACCUGCUAAAGAAGAAAGGCUAUCGUUGUACCACAGAAGCUGAGCAAGACGUCGAGGAGGAAAAGGUUGAAAAGAUAGAAUUGAAUGACAGCAUAAAUGAAAAUAGUGACACUGUUGGACAAAUUGUCCACUACAUCAUGAAAAAUGAAGCAAAUGCUGAUGUUUUGAAGGCCAUGGUAGCUGAUAACAGUGUGUAUGAUCCUGAAAGUCCUGUGACUCCCAGCACUCCGGGGAGCCCACCUGUGAGUCCUGGGCCUUUGUCACCAGGGGGCACCCCAGGAAAGCACGUCUGUGGCCACCAUCUGCACACAGUGGGCGGUGUUGUCGAGAGGGACGUGUGUCAUCGGUGUAGGCACAAGCGAUGGCACUUCACGAAACCCACCAACAAGUCCAAAGAAAGCCGACCGAGGCGCCAAGGAGAGGUCACCGUCCUUUCUGUAGGCAGGUUUAGAGUUACAAAAGUGGAGCACAAGGCAAACCAGAAGGAGCGGAGGAGUUUGAUGUCCGUUGGUGGGACUGAGAGUGUCAACGGGGACGUGCCUGUGACACCCGUGAAGAGAGAACGGAGUGGCACGGAGUAGCAGAAUAUCUCAAAGGCCAAGUGCAAAGACUUGGGAUGGAUUGUACCCUGAAAGCCCUAUUGGAACGCGAGCUGAACAUUAAGGAGCAAGAGUUUAUACUUACAAAGACAGGGGAGAGAGGCAGAUGGGGAGUGUCAGGCAGGGUCCUUGAAGCUACAGGGAAAUAGCAAAGUUGAACCUGAACACUGGAUCUAGGUUCACUUCUUAGUUUGCCACUCCUUAACAAGGGGACCUGGACCAGGGACUCCAGUUUUUAAAUGCUUCAGUGGAAAUAUUGUUUCCUGCCAUGAGGGAUGGCAGUGAGAUUUCCCUGGAGAAACACAAGCCCAAGGCUUGGCACAUAGGGAACGCUAAGUCAGUGCUACUGAUGGUGUGAGUUAAUUCACUUUGGGUCAGUGUAGCUGAGUGGAGGAGAGCAGUGGCUUGAGCGAUGAAGCUCCUCGGAUAAAUAAUCUGCCCAGGCUCGGAGGGGUUGAACGUAUUCCGGAAGUAAUCUGGAAGAGUUCUGUUCCUGAAUUCUCUGACACAUAGGGGCUUUAGUAAGUGUUGGUGUGUGCAGUCUCCCAUUUGGGGAGAUCUGGCCCCUUCCACUGAGUUUAGGAGCGAAGUAGGUGGCUUCUUUCAAGAAGAGGAAGUGCAGAAAAGUCUGUCUUUGGCUUCUCAGCCAGUUAUGGGUGACCAUGGGGAAAGAAGACAAGAGGCAUUUAGGAAAAGAAAGGGGAGGUGAAAAUAGUGACAACCACAGCUAUGUGGAUUCAGUACUUCAGCCUUCUAGGCAUUGGACUGAUAUGUAUGUCCCGUGUCGUCAUGAUGAAACAUCUAACGGUGUUGAUACUGUCAUCUCAUAUUUACCGAUGAGGAAACUGAAGGAUGGAAAGGGUGAAUUACAUGGUGGUCACAGAGGUGCAAAGAGGAGCUGAGAUCUCAACCUAGCUCUCACAAGAUCAGCCACCCUCGCUUCUGUCACCCUCAGUGCUCAUGAAGGAGAAACUCUAUAGACACAUGAAUGGAUUCUUGCUUAUGCCAUGAUCUAAAACUUCCCUGGUCUAAUAUGGUAGCCAUUUAAAUUUAUGUG